GACACGGUGUGAUGUCAGUGGACGAGGAGAAGCCGGGGACGCCACGCAGCUGAGCGAUGUCAGACUUCCAGCUCCGAGAAUACCAGAAGGAAGUGGUGGAAAGGGCUCUUCGGGGAGAAAACAUCAUCAUCUGGCUGCCGACCGGAGGCGGAAAGACGCGCGCGGCCGUGUAUGUGGCCAAGAGACACCUGGAGACGACGUCACCGGCUAAGGUGGUGGUCCUGGUCAACAAGAUUCACCUUGUGGACCAACAUUACACCAAUGAGUUCCAACCUCACCUGGGCCGCGACUACACCCUGCUGAAGGUCACUGGGGAGAGUACAGGGAAGGACUUCUUUGGGCCGGAGGUGAGGAGAUCAGACGUGGUCAUCUGCACCGCACAGAUCUUGUACAAUGCGCUGACGUCCACGGAGGAGACCAAACAUGUGGAGCUCUCAGAUAUCACUCUGCUUAUAAUCGACGAGUGUCACGACACCAACAAGGACUCAGUCUACAACAAGUUGAUGGCGUGCUACGUGGAGAAGAAGCUGAACAACGAUCUACCAUUGCCACAGAUCUUGGGUCUCACUGCCUCACCGGGAGCAGGGGGCGCAAAGAACCUGCAGAAGGCGGUUGAUCAUGUACUGGAGAUCUGUGCCAACCUGGACUCGGCCAUCGUUUCAACUAAAGUCCAUGUCUCCGAGCUGAAGAAGAAGGUACCCAGACCCAUCAAGAGUUUUGACAUUGUGGAGAGAAGGCUUCAGGAUCCAUUCGGGGAUCAUCUUAAGUGCAUGAUGCAGAUGAUCCACGAGUUCAUGACGGUUCCUCCAGACUUCAACCUGAGACAGUGUGGCACACAAGAGUACGAGGAAGAUGUGGUGAAACUCGAGAAGCGAGGAGUAAGCGAGGACAACAUACUGCUGGCACAAUGUGCUCUCCACCUCAGGCAGUACAACGACGCCCUGAUCAUCAACGGCACCCUGCGAAUGAUGGACGCCUACCGCUCCCUGGAGGAGUUUUACACCAACAGGUGGAGCACAGCCAUCGAUAGAACAGACUUCUUCCUGGUGGGACUCUUCCAAGAGAACCAGACGGAGCUGCGGAAACUGGCGGGAGAUUCUCUCUUUGAGAACCCGAAGAUGGGCAAACUUGAGAGCACUCUGCUCAACCAGUUUGGUCCCAGCGAGGCGUCAAAGGGAAUCCUCUUCAGUAAAACACGUAAAAGCAUCCAUUGCCUGUAUGACUGGGUUCGGAACAAUAAAGACUUGCAGGAAGCUGGCGUCAAGGCGGCCAUCCUCACCGGGGCUGGCAAUGGGACCACUUACAUGACGCAGAACGAGCAAGCGGACACGAUCAACAAAUUCCGUCAGGGUAUCGUCAACCUCCUGAUCUCCACCAGCGUGGCUGAAGAAGGCCUCGACAUCCCUGAGUGCAACCUGGUGGUACGCUAUGGCCUGCUGACGAACGAGAUCGCCCAGCAGCAGGCUAGCGGCCGUGCCAGAACCACCGACAGCCAUUACUCGGUGGUGGCCGAGGCAGGGGGGCGGGAAGUGAAGCGGGAGCUCACCAAUGAAUACCUGGAAGAGCUGACUGGGAAAGCCAUUGCUGAGAUCCAAAAGAUGAGCCCCCGAGAGUUUCGCAGAAAGAUCACGGAGCUACAAACCAAUGCGGUAAUUUGCAGAAAAAUUGCAGAGACACGCAGAAUAAAGAAGAGGAGUUGCAACACUGCCGAUAGCGUCAAGCUGUUGUGCCGGAAAUGCUUUACGCCGGUGGCCUCGGGCAGUGAUAUUAAACUUCUUGAAGGCCAUUAUGUCAACGUCAAUCCUGACUUUGCGAGACACUACAGCGUCGGUGGGGAAGUGGCGCUCGGAAAGAGUUUUGAGGACUGGGAGCCGGGGCGGAGGAUCCAUUGCAGCAAGUGCAACCAGAAGUGGGGAUUUGAGAUGAAGUAUAAGGAGAUUGCCCUGCUGCCCAAUCUAGCCAUUAAAGAGUUGGCCCUGAACACCCCCGGUGGCAGGAUAACUGUGAAGCAGUGGAAGGAUGUCCCUUUCACUGUCGAGGACUUCAACUUUGAAGAGUACUGCAAAGACAACUUCCCUGAUUUAGUUGAUUGAGACAGCGCUGUGUGGGUUUAUCCUGUUUAUCUUCUGUUGGUGUUCGAUUGUCGGCAUUAUUUAGAGAGAGCGUCAUCGCACUGUACAGGUGCUUAAAUACAAACGCGGGCUUUUCUAUAUGCAAAAUGCACUCCCCUCGUGCUUACAUUGAUUACAGUGUGCUUGAAACUAGCGUGGCGGCUUUGUUCACGCCCACGGUUCUAACUGCCGUUGUAUGUUUUUGUGCGUAUUUCCUCGGCUCCACGCCAAGUCAAGCACAGAAACCAAGCACAGUGAGCUCUGUGUAACAUGAACCUCCACCUUCAUGCAGACGGUCAUCAAGGAGAUGUCUCUUUUAGCUAUUUUAAGAUUGUUUUAAUUAGAAACUUAAUUCUCACAGUAGAUGCAGUAUGCAUGUGUGUGUGUGUGGUGUGUGGAUAUUGUGUGUGUGCUGAUAAUAUCAAAUAAUGUAUGUACUUUUUCAAGUGUUUUACAGGAUAUAAACACUUUGAUUGUAUUGUGUUGCUGUAUAUUAUUUUAUAACAAGAGGUGAUGGACAAUAUUAUUAAACAUUCCUUCUAAAAUGCCAAA